AUGACAUCUCAUCCCGCUGUUCUCGCCACCGCCUUUCAUACCAAUCACAUACGCGACAGAGGUAUUCCUAUUUCCUUCGUUAACACUCCACAGCGCGUUCCUCAGGGAGAAAGACAGGCAUAUACGACCCGCACCACGAUCUCACCGUCAGCCCACCCCCCCCCCCCUAGUAGAGCUCGGAGGCGGUUUAAAAGCUCUCGGCGGUCCCGCCGGCCUCAGGCGGCCUUGAAGUGGCGCGAAAGUGACAACACACCUAUUCGCGGCGCUCCCGGAGAAAGCGUGGAUCGAAAGGGCCAAGACUUCCCCUUGUCCCCCUCACAUUUUUCAGGUACACUUCUGAUUACCUUCGCGGACGCACCCCGGUGGCGCUUUCCCUCCUAUGUUUCGGUCACCUUCCUGGACAGCAGAGGUUGCCACACCCCCCAGAAAGCCCUGGAUUAA